CAGAGGAACCAUCCGUCCUCUGCGUCUCCGCUCGGCAGACGCGCACCGGGGGGAAUGCGUGGCUAAAACCCCACGUUCCGCUUUGGAAACGCGUCUUUUAAGCAGUGCAUUUACAUUUCAAACAUGUUAGCCCCCUCCCGGAGCCAGUAAAGCCGGCCCAGAGAUGUCUCUCCAGCCGCGGCUGGUGCAGCUCUCCGCCGCGUCCCUGGCCGUGGUGUUCGGGCCGGACGAGGAGAGUUUACGCGCCGGCGGAGGCGCGUUCCACGCCAACAGCAGCGCAAGUGGCCAGGAGAUUUUUGCGGACUUCAAAGCGCAAAACUCGCGCAGUUUCUGGAAUAAGAGGCUCGUUAAGGCCAUAGCCGAGGUGUACUUCCAAGGAUGGAUGGAAAACUUGGUGCUUUUCAUUCAAGGGAACGCGAACAACUUGGAGGUGCUGAGAGAAGCGUGGAUGCGCAGGGCGCUCCGGUCCCCGAAGGGAUUCAUCAUUAAAGCUGUCGGUGACCUCUCCCCGGUGCAGAUGUGUCCCGUUCCUCAGUCUCAGUUCAUUCCCUUGGCCGAGGUGCUGUGCUCAGUCAUCUCCGAUAUGAACUCGGCCGAAAUCACUGUCAGCCAGGAGGCACUUGUCAACUACAUGAGCAAAUCCCAUCCAGGGAUAACCAUCCCUACUCAGGACAUCCUCUACAACGCACUCGGCACUCUCAUCAAAGAGCGCAAGAUCUACCAUACAGGAGAUGGAUACUUCAUCGUCACUCCUCAGACCUAUUUCAUCACCAACAACACUGCCCGAGAAAAGAACUGGUGGGUUCCUGGCUCAGCCGACGACCUUCCGUUGCCUCCUCCUAUCACUUACCUUCUGAGCAAUGAAGUCUGUGUGGAGGGCAAUCAAACGCUUCCUGUGGCCCACUGCAAGUCUUGCAGCUGUUUCAGCCCGCCCCAGAUCUCCUCAAACAUUACCACUACCGCCGAAACAGCCACUGUUCCUGCCUCCGCCGUCCCCGAUCAGCAUUCUCUCUCUGUGUCCAUAAGUGAAUGCACAGGCAAAAGUCUGAAGUGGCCGCGGCCAUCGGAUCACAAGCCCUCGGUGCAGCAUCAGUCUACCUCCACAGUAGCAGAUUGCCAGGCAAGCGAAAUCAGCAAAACCACCACCGCCACCACCAAUGCAACGGGUCGUAAAGAAAAGGACAACAAACCAGGAAGAAAGUUUGGUCUCAAUUUGUUCAGGAGAAAUGGAAGUAAAAAGGAGAAGCCGAAAAAGGAGUAUGCUUCGUUUUCGGGCCAGUUCCCUCCAGAAGAGUGGCCGGUAAGAGAUGAGGAUGACUUGAACAAUUUACCCCGUGACCUGGAGCAUGCCAUCAUCAAACGCAUUAACCCUGAACUGACCGUGGACAACCUCACACGCCACACAGUCCUCAUGAAGAAGCUGGAGGAGAAAAAGGAAAGGGUGAUAGACAGAGUGUUGGAUAGAGGUCUGGAAAAAGAUGAUAAGGGAGUUGACAAGGGAAUGUCUACAGACAUCCUUAUAUACUCGAAACACAGGCAUCAUCACUCAUCUAAAACAGGUGCAGGAAAGAGGUCCACCCAGAGGCCCUCUCGCAGCAAGAGGAGGGCCCACUCAUCCAGAGAGAAGCAGAGGGAGAGAGAGAAGGACAGGGUUAAAUGUAAGGGUCCCACAUGUCCAGACAAUUAUCCAGAUGAUUUAAUUCCAACCCGGCUCAGAGAAAUCCCAAUUGAUGCACCAGAUCAAGAGGAGGAGGGAGGAACGGCUGAGGGAAAAUCUCUUUAUAAGAAACGCAUCGAGAACCCUUUCCAGACUCACCCAGUCAAAGACACUGAGAUAAUAAUUCCCAACCUCCGGGAGCAUACACGACAAGAGGUGAAAGAGAGCAAGGCCUCUGGGAUAGGGAGGAGGGAGCGAACGAGUCACCGCUCUAAAUCAUGGGAUCCACACCGGGCCAAAGUGACGGCAGGUGAUGGAGAUGCUGCAGCGAAAUUCCCUUUGUCUGAGGGGAUGUACAACCGUACCCAUGAGAAGGACUUCAUCGCUGACCAUCUGCUCCAGCCUGACAAGAAGCUCAGCAGAGACCCGCCUCUGGACUACAACUCAUCCUACCCCCAGAGCAGCACGCUCCGGAUAGACGACAAGAUCCGACAUCAGAGUGAAGGAAACUGUAGAGAGGUUUGGGAAAGAGAAGGCAAAAAUGGUCAAUUUCCGGAUCAGCAGGAGUACAAAAAUGUUUCAGAGCACAGCCAAAAUAGAGAUGAUGAUCUUGCUAAUGUCCAACAGUAUUCCAAUAUGAAUGUUGUUCCUCUUCCCCAUCCCUACGAGCGUGUCGUAACCCACUCAUAUGAGCCGAAGGGGUCCCUGCCCAAGCCUUCUUUACAGCGGAAACAUUCCCUCAGACUCUCUAAUCAACCAAGAGAUGAUCUCCAUAAGCCUGGUGAGCUCUCUGUGACUACACACGUCAGUAAACACGAGAUAAGACCCGUCAGCCACAGAGAGCAGUGGACCACGAGACAGGGAGAACAGCUGGAACUGACAUCUGACAGCACCCCCCUAAUCCCAGACACUGACCGCUUCAUAGAGGACGACUAUCCUCUCUAUCAAAGAGCAGCUGAGCCGCAGGACGACGACGCCUGCAGCUCCUUGUGUCUGAAUCUUAAUGAGAGUAUGGAUACUCCACAUGAGUAUCAAGCUGGUGUAGGGAGCUAUCAUAGCCAUGAAUCCCACCUGCAACAUCAGGGACCCCACCGUAACUAUUAUCAAGCCAACUUUCAACAGUCCCAAGUUGCCUUCAAACCAGAUUCACUGGACAGCACUCUGAAAGAUUUUAAUCCCCCUGCAACCUUGACUGGAGCUUCCCCUGACCCUACAAAGACAGGGGAGAACAGCUGGAGAUGCCAUCAUCGUAAGAUUAGAUCAGAGGACACUCAGAGCGAGCCCAGCCCUGCGAGAGGCACGGCGAUCAAAGACGAAAGACGCUAUGAAACUAAUCUGGGUGAGGAAUGCUUGGAGGACGGUGAAGCAGCGGACAGUAGCAUCUUUGACUACUGCCAGGCCAGCGAGGUCGAGUCAGACUCAGAGACUGUGCGGAAGUCAGCUGACGAAGGUGACAGUGAGUCUGCUCACUGGGGAGCUCAUGUGGAAGAAGUGCAGGAGGAUGAGUUUGAUGCUGAGGAAGUUUCUCAGAGCCGCAGAGCAGUUCAGACCACACCCAGCGGAGCCAGGAGAGCAGAGGCUGGAGAGAUGGCAGAGAACCAGAGCAUCACAGGAGACAGCGGCAUAGACUCCCCGCGGACCCGCGUCAGUCUGACUUCCAGCAACACUGUGAUUCUCGAAGGCCUCAAAAGAAGAGGCUUUCUGCAAAACCUGGAGAAGCUGCACUCAAAGAGUAGCACUAUGCGACCGCAGAGUUCACUGCUCCAACUCACCCCCGUCAUGAAUGUGUAGCAAGAACUGCCUGAAAUGUUGAAGGGUUAAAACUAUGUGUCUCCAGUUGAGUACAUCAAAUAUUGUAAACAUAUUCAAUACUGGGGGUUUGUGCUGCGCUGUACCCAAUAACAACAGGUAUCAAUGUAAAGAUGUAAAGAUUUCCUUGUAAAUAUUUCUAAAAACAAUAUUCUGUGGUUUAUCUAUUCCAUGAGUGGCUGAAGUAUGUGGUGCUGAAUGCAGUUUUCUUUCUCAACUUACCUCAGUCGUUAAAAUGCUAUUAAGAGCAAUAAACUACCGUGGCUUUUUCUUCUUUUCCUUGUAUCCUAGCUGUCACCGAAAAUAAAACUGUAUAUAUC